CAGAUUUAGACCUCCGGGCGAUUUGGAAUUAACCAGCCAAAGCCGCAGGCCAAGCUUCGACGGACCUGGUUUGCGCAAACCCUCAUUGGGCAGACUGUGGCAAAAGGCUUCCUAAUCGUUGCGUCUUCCCAGGACAAGGACGUCAAAUAACACUCCAGCUUCCAGCGGCUUGCUUGUCUUGUCCCCAUCCCAUCCCGAAAAGCCAUGAUUGAUGAUUGAUCUUCUCCAUCUGUGGAAUACAGACUACAGGCAGAUAAUAAAUAAUAAUAAUAAUAAUAAUAAUCAAAAGAUUUGUCACUGAUGUCAGCUACCCUGCAGAAGACGGCGGCUGCUGCUUCUUCCUCGCCCUCGCCCAACCCUUACUAUCAUGACACGCUCGACUCGCUGUGGACAAAAACUAAGGAGAAGCUCCACAUAUCGAGGAAGCAAGCUGUUGAUGAGGAGAAUAAUCAAGCAGAAGCAGAGGGCGCCGGUGUGGAUUACGACACGUUAAAGUCCGCUCACGCUCGAAGGAGAGAACAGGUGAGACGGGCGCAACGCAAUCAUCGCGAACGAAAAGAAAAAUAUAUAAAGUCCCUUGAGCAGGAGCUUAGCCGGCUUCGGGAUGAAUCAUCAUCUAUCCAGACCGAGACGUAUCAGGUAGCUGAGGAAAACAGCAUCCUUAGAGACAUCAUGCUCGCGCAUGGGAUAGCCCUUCCUGGUACCGGUAUCUCUCACAGCAGACCACAAGACCAGUGGCUAUACAAUAACCCGAUGGCCACCGUCUCCGUCAUUGGCAGCCCGGGGUUCGGGCAGCGGCUGGAGGUAUCUCUCGGUGGUGCGCCUGUUGAACGAGUCUUUCCGCCCGGCUUCGGCAUCCCGGAGAGUCCGCCGGAGGGAAAGUCGCAACUUUCGGUAGUAGAUCAUUCGAAGCGUGGCAUGGUUCCCAAAGACGGCGCCCAGCCCCAGCCAUCUCUAUCACCACCCGCAGGGUUCAACGGGUCAGAUCGUCUCGCUUCUACUCGACUACCUUCGCAGCCACUCCAAACACCUAGGCAUCCAUAUGGUCUUGAUUCAACCCAAGUAGGCGUGGAUUUCGUGCUAUUCAUGGAACGCUGCUGCAUCUACCAUGUCCACCAACCUCAAGACCGGGAAGAACCGCACGGACACGCCAUGACCGCCCUAGCACCCGUUCUCAACCAAGCUCCACAGAGCUUAGACGACUGCACCACCUGGCAGAUUCCCUCAUGUGAACUCGACAGACUGCUCGAGCUGUCUUCAGCCCUCGAGCUGGAUGGCGAGCUCACGCCGGUUCAGAUGUGGGCGCGGAUUAAACAGCAUCCAUUAUUCCAUAAGCUCGACCCGGAAGGACUACGGAAAUUGAGCAAUGCUUUGGUGGCUGGGGUACAGUGUUUUGGUUUUGGCGCAACUUUUGAAGAGCAAUUUUUUACAAAGACUGUUGAUGAGUUCUUAGGCGCUCUUAAGGACUAAGGGGGUUUUUGAAUUUUUAGCAGUUUUUCACUUUUCUGCUAUGCUUUCCUGCUUCUUGAUCGUGUUUGUAUAUAUCAGUUAAUCCUUGUGAAUAUCCCCCUGUAAUUAGCGUGGGAGGGGAGGUGGCGCUCUGAAAAGUUUUUCAAUUUGGCUGUAAAUAUCCAUAAUGGACAGGAAUGGGGAUCGAAUUAAUACUUGUCAUUGCUCAUUCACUUCAUAGCAAUAGGUGUGCCUUCAGAAAACAAGAGGAGGUAGGAGGUACUUAGGUACCUACUUCUACCACUUCCAUUUAUCGUUGUACGUACUCCGUACAAUAUCCAAUAUUAAAUGACCUGACGGUAGGUAUUCCAUACAAGUAGAUGCCUACCUUUUCUUACUCUAAGAAAGUCGACAACACUCAGUCACGUAUGUAGCUCCCCCUGGUUCA